AUGAAAUAAAAAAUGUUUCUUAUGAUUACGCCCAACAGCCCACUUAAGCAAUUUGCCAUUCUUCCAUUGAUUCCUAUGAAUAAAGGAAACUUGUAUUUCUCAUUCACAAAUCCAUCUUUGUUUAUGCUGCUAACUCUCAGUUUGGUCCUACUUUUGGUUCAUUUUGUUAUUAAAAACGGAGGAGGAAACUCAGUACCAAAUGCUUGGCAUUCCCUGGUAGAGCUUAUUUAUGAUUUUGUGCCGAACCUGGUAAACGAGCAAAUAGGUGGUCUUUCCAGAAAUGUUAAACAAAAGUUUUUCCUUCGCAUCUCAAUCACUUUUACUUUUUUGUUAUUUCGUAAUCCCCAGGGUAUGAAACCUUAUAGCUUCAUCGUUACAAGUCAUUUUCUCAUUACUUUAGGUCUCUCAUUCUCUAUUUUUAUUGGCAUUAUUGUAGUGGGAUUUCAAAGAAAUGGGCUUUAUUUUUUAAGCUUAUCAUUACCCAUAGGAGUCCUACUGCCGUUAGCACCUUUUUUAGUACUCCUUGAGCUAAUUCAAAAUACGGGUGGUUGA